GUGUACAGAGUCACAGAACCACCACCACAACCAUAUUGUGUCAAUCUUUGCAGCAGCAAUGUCUCUCUUCCUCACAAUGGGUUUUGUGCACUACAGACACCUGAUUUCCACUCUGCCUGUGGAUUACGAGCCUCCAUUCUUCAAAAGCUACUGAGAACAAGAAGCUCAUAAUCCAUGGACAAAAAAUCCUCUGAAAAUGGAGGUUGGAAAUGUCAACAGCAAGCAUUUUGUAUUAGCUCUCAAGGUUAAGAGUGUGCUCGAUCCUUGUGAGGAUGAAAAUGAUGACAUUCAAGAUGAUGAUGUGAGCUUGGGGGCUGAUUUUGUACAAAGAGAGUGUUCUGAAUCCGACGAUGAGGUUGGCCUUUCGGAAGAUGACCAAUACAUAGUUGCACCAAUAGGUAAUUAUGGUUGGAGGCUUUGAUUGAAGGUAAAUGACGGUCUGACACAUGUUGAAACUUGUAAACGAAGGCAUCCAAUCCUGCACGGUUGAACAUUUUAAGCUGUAGAAUAAAUUUAUAAUUUCAUUUUUUAACUGGUUUUCAGAAAUUAUGGACAAAGCUAGUUAAGGAAGGUAGUCUAUCUAAGGACGGAACAAACAGUUACACCAUUAACAAGCAAAAGGUAAUUCAUUUCUUUUCAUUCAGUUUGAAUUUUGUGUCUUUGUGUUGUUGUAGUCUCAAGUGUUUUUUAUUUUUUAUUUCGGUAACAAAACCAAAAUUGUAGAAAUUCGACUAUGAUUUCAAUCCUAUAAAGGAAAAUUGAAAAUGGAAAAUGGAUUGAUUGAUUGAAGUUAUUUUGAUGGAAAAUGGAUCUAGAAAAUCGGUGAGUUUCUUGCAUUUCAAGUUGAUGACGUUAAGAGUUUUAGAGAGAGAGAGAGAGAGAGAGAGAGAGAGGGAUAUAGAGAUGACUCUUUCUUCUUGAUUCCCAUUAGGGCUUUGGCGAUGCAUUAAUUGAAGCCUCGAGCAUCAUCGCUUUUACAUUUAUUGGUAAUUAUUCCCAGAAUAUUUAAAAAUAAUAAUUUAUUUUCUAUAUUUUUAGUGUUGUGUUUAGGUUUACAAUCAGUGUUUUGAAGGAGUUUUUAGAGGGGGGGAAAAAUGAUAAAUCUAGUUGUAGUGAUAGACAAAUUUUCUUCUAAAAAACUUUAUGGAAAGCAGUGGCAUUUUAUUUCAGAAUUUCGUUGUUUGUGCGAUUUGUUGUAUAAUAAUUUGUUGAUGGAAUCUCAAUUAAAUUCCACUCUAGUUUUCCUGUUUCAUGUUCAUGCUUCUUGGUGCACAUUGCACAUGCCUUUUCCUUAAGAAAAUUUUUGUUGUACCUCCUUUUGUUAAGCUUGAUCUAGAUCUAAAGAAAUUAGUUUUUAUUUUUUUUUAUUUCCAGUUUUUUUUUUUUUUUGAAAUUGUUUAGUCAAGCUGAUUUUUGUAUUGAUGCUUUCAAUAAAUGAUGGCAUCAAAUGAUGUUUUUCAAUCCUUGUUAUGGAAAUGAUGAGCUUGAUCUUCUUUUUGCUUUUCACCAAAUAUAGGCCUUGGAUGAGUGCAGUGAGAACCUCAAGAAAUAUUUCAGACGUUUGAUAAUAUUAUAUGGACCUAAAGAUUUUGAUGUUUACAAGUGAAGAGAACUAAUUAGAAAAUGAAUUUCCAUAAGUCUUUCCCCCUGUUUGUUUGUUAUUAAAAUCCCGUGCCCCACUUUUUCCUUUCGUAGCUAUUUUCAUUAGCAUGAACUGAACUCCUCCCAAACCUUCCAAAUUAUAGGGAAAAAAAGAAAAAGAAAAACUGAAGUAUGCUAUAUUAUUCUGUUUCUAAUAAAUAAUUGAUCACAUUAUUGUUGUGUACCUUUGUUUAUGUCUAUGAUUAUAUCCCAAGCACUGUUGGUUGGUCAUGUCAUGUGAUUGUAUUUUGCAUGAGUGUUUCUACCUGAAGGGAGGUUUCUCCAUCAUUUAGAAUAUUUUCACUAGAUAAUGCUUCUCUUGCUCUGUUGCUUGCUUAUGUGGAUGUGGCUCGGACAAUUCACCAUAUAUCUCUAUAUUAUGCCUUGGGCACAAGUAUAUUUAUAUUCCACUGAUUUUGGUCUGAACUUUUGAACAUAUUUAAGGGUUUAGAAAAUGUGGUAUGGACAUAUCAUUUCAUGAUCCUUUUGGCUAUUAUGGAGUUUCAGUGUUUCAUUUGUCUUUGGAAUUUCAGGAUGGUACAGUGAAGAACCUAGUGACGAAGUUACACUGCUAAAGCUAAGCUUGAUUUGGUGACACAAGCAAAAUCCAAAUUUGUUUUGGAGAAUAGCAAGGUUCAUAUAUUAAAUUCUGAUUUUUAUAGCUUGAGUGGAUGUACAUAGAUACUAAGGGUAGAGUUUUUUUUGUCAUUAUUAUUACUGUUUAUUUUUUUACUGACCUUUAAGUGUUUUGUAUUGCCUGAAGAGUUAAUGUUGCUAUUCAGAGAGAACUUCACAAACCCGAGUCUGAUCGCUCUUGCAUACAUCUAGAGUUCGAUAUAUUUUUUCUUUUUAUUUUUUGAUUGUGUUUGUUGUUUGAUUUUGGUUUAGAAAUAAUCAUGUAAUGUUUAUUUAGUCAAUAUAUUGA